UGAGCACCUCCGUCGCAUCGAGCGCAUGUUCAGAGAGGCAGACGUGGAUGGUGGAGGAGGGUUGAGCAUUGCGCAAUUCCGUGAUGCAAUGAAGAAAGUCAUGGGCGAUGUUGAUGAUGAAAAUUUGGAUAUUAUUUUUAUGAAAGUUGACGCCAACUGUGAUGGCAGUGUGGACUGGGAUGAAUAUCUGAACUACAUGCUUCUAGAGUACAGAGUGAAACACUCACUGCAGAAGAAAACUAAGCCACUCUAUUUUCCCAAACCACUUAAGAUUUUACAAACUGGACAUUGUGAGAUCAUAGUGAGCUUGCAGUUCCAUUCCUUCCUACCCCCUGUGGGGGAGAAGAAGGGUGACUCUGGGGAGCAAGAAAGGUUCUCAGGGGGCAUGUUGGGUCGCACUCAUGGAGGACGCUACAUAUCAGUUAGCCACGAUGGAAUCCUGAUCUUUUGGAGCGAGAGGUUCAAGAUACAGCGCACCAUCCAUAUUGGUCAGAUGCCGCACACGAUUGGACAGCCUGUUUGGGUUUCGGAUAUGGUCUGUCUGAGCAACAUUAACAUGCUCUCCAUCUCCUCUACUGGUCGAGAUGUAGAAUUCUAUGACAUCAGUGCCAAUAAGUGUGACAUAGUCUUCUCCCUGUCGGAGCUGGAGGCCAACGUGAUCGUAAUGGACUACUGGACAGAUGGCAGGAAAGCUAUUUUCUGCAUAGGCGUUACCAGUGGCGCCAUAUUUAUCUUUAUCUCCUCCGAUGUGGUGCAGAAUGGCCUCUUUGACAGCACCGCCUUCAAGACAGGAUGCAAUUACCGGAUUCCAGUCACAGCAUUGCUCAAAAACUCCUCUAGUUUAUUUCUCUGCUGUAGAGUUCCCAUUCAUAACGAUUGGGUCUACCAGAUGCGCUACAUCCCAGAGUUGAACUGUAUUGCCACCUGCUGUGCAGCAAGCCAAGCUGCCAUGAUACUGACAACUCUGCCUCACUCUUUCAAGUGUAAAGUCCAAACUGCACACUUUCACCAGAAGAAGGGCAUACAAUGCUUUGACUACUCACCUGACCUCAACAUACUGGUGACGGGAGGUUUUGAUAGGGUGGUGAGAGUCUGGAACCCCUACCUCACCAAUAAGGCCACAUCCCACAUGAAGGGUCAUGCUGCUGGCAUCACUCACAUUGCUGUCAACGGCAAAGACAAUCAGAUCAUUAGUGUGUCCAAGGACAAGAAUGUGCGUGUCUGGGACCUGCUGGACUGUACCUGCGUCCAGAACAUCCAUUCCAGAAAUGUCAAUUUGGGUCGCUCUUCCAUCUCCAGAAUCUACUACAACCACACCAGUAACACCAUGGUGUUGGCUUCAUGCCUUGUUGGGGUUUUGCAAGGGGCAAUAGAUGAGGUGGACAGUUCCCAACCCAAAACAGUAACAUCACAUGAACAGCCACUCUGUGCUGCACUCUACAACCCCAAUUUCAAACAGGUGGUGAGUGGCUGCCAUGCAGGGGUGGUGAGUGUGUGGGACAUCCAGACAGGAGAGAAGGUGAUGCAGUUCCAGACAAUCCCUGAGCGGCCAGCAGAGAUCACUGCGAUGGCUUUUGAUGAAUUCAAGCGCCGCCUUAUUACAGGCUCAAACAAUGGUACCAUACGCCUCUGGAACUUCAACAAUGGAGCUCUACUCUCUGAAAUUUCCCUGGUGGAUGAUCAGGAGGUCACAGGGAUUAUAUACAUCAAUGAGAGGAUCUAUGUGUCAGGCUGGGGGAAAAAAGUCAUGUGGUAUCUUGAUGCCAAAGAUGAGGAUGAGAUGGAGUACCGUGUGUGGAAUCAGUACCACUCUGAGGACAUCUACUCCAUGCACGCCCACAGCAGCAAGAUGCUGGUGACCGCUUCCUACAGUGGUGACAUCAUCGUCUGGAACAUCGAUUCGGGUCAAGCCUUUUGCCGCUUCAACGCAAGCGAAAGCCCGUUGCCGUUAAUACCCAUACGAGUGAGGGACAAAGCGAGACAAGGGUCAGUUCUGAGGCCAAAUGCUUGCGUGGAUGAUUUUGAGAAGGAAUCUGAGGAUGAAGACGACGUGUGGUUAUGCUCCAUAGCUGUCUUCCUGAAAGCCAUUAGUCAGUCUGUUGACCCUCAGGUUCGACAACUCACCACUGAAACCACCCCUACCAGCGUCUUCGAGGGACGCAGAGGUAGCAUUCAAAUUCCAGUCUCAGCCUGCCUGCCCCAAGCCCCCUUGGUUAGAGAAGCACGAAUGACUCGAAGGGGUGCACUGGCACACAAAUGCAAGACCAAGAAACCCAAAAUCAACAACAUGGAGGAGCUGAACAAGCCUUGUUUUGCAGUGGAGAAGGCACUGUUCCUGUGCACCCGAGAGCGCAGCCCUGACACUGCAGUUCUGCUCACCAGCUCAGCAGACGGCUAUAUCUACGCCUGGUCUGUAUACCUUAGCGGGGGGCUACUGGCAAAAUUCCGUGCAAGACACAAAGAGGGCUCGAUCGUCACUGCCAUGUUCACUGAUAGCCAGAAUCAGAUCCUGCUCUCUGGGCACAGCAACGGGUACAUCAUGGUGUGGGACAUUGAAAAGUACUGUUACCGUAUGUGGAGCGAGACAAGCAAGGAGAAACCAGCAAAGGAGGACACUAUGUGUCUGCCGGACCUCAUACCCCACUACUGUAGAGUACAGGGCCCACCAAGAGUGGUGCUGGGGCAGGAGAAAGAGAUUCACAAGGGCUGGACUGUGUCCUUGAUCCCCCCUGCCCUUCUGAGUUCCUGGCGUGGCCAUCUGAAGAGCAUUGUGCACCUGGAGUAUGUGGAACGCUUUCGCCUCAUAGUCACUGCCAGCCUUGACUGCAACGUCCGUCUAUGGACAAUUGCUGGAAAAUAUAUUGGUACAUUCGGUCAGGGCAUGUGGUGUGUUGGUGAUCCAAGUGCCAUUCCCAAGGAGCUGCCUGCGGACCUGAAGAAGGCUGGAUCCUGCCAAACACUGAAAGUCCUCAAUGAGGGGAAAUACCCUCACUGGAUUUGUGCCAAACGCAUAGUGGAGAACCUGAGAGCUCAGAAAAGGCACCAGUCAGACAUAACCAAGCUUGGCGAGGCCACCCCUCUGACAGAACUGGUCCCUGCUGAUCCACGGAUUGUUAAGUACACAGAUGAACAGGUAGAGAACACAUGGACUAUGUGGCAGGAGAAGGGCAAACAGACUAGCAGUAUCUUAGGACAGGCAUACAAACAGAAGGUUAGACAUCAUCUGCCAUCCUGCCCCCCUGAUUUACAGACACCCCACAACAGCCAUGAGCAGCUUAGGGUAUACAACUGCAUGCCCUACUCCAGUCUGCUGCCUAUCAUCCAGCCCCCCGUCCCAGAGCUUCUGAGGGACAGCCAUCUCAGGGCUCAGGAGGGACCAGAGACAACCAAGCAAAAGAAGCCUGCCAAGCGCAGGCCCCUCACACGCUACAUGGCUGUCCUGCCCAGGCCAGGCCUCAAACGCUCCCAAACCAGCAAGCCUGUUUGAGAGAAUCCUGCCCAGGAGAAUCUAGACAUAGUCUAUACAUGCAACACGAAUACAUCACAUGUUCUGCAAC